AUUGUUGCAAACGCCAUUAUACCAAAGAAGAAAAAACAAGUGAAGUGACCAACAACAAUUUCCACGUUAUCGGUUUUUAUUUAGACAUUUAUUCACACCAUGGAACUCAAAAUAUGACAAAUUUAACAGCACAUUAUCACAUAUGUACCCCAGGUAGUCUUUCAUUCGCGUUAUAGUCAGGACAUUAUCUAGUUAACGCUAGUUGCUAACGUUAGCUAACAAUGGCUAACGGUAUGGUUUUUCACACUCAAAUAGCCUCCAUUAUGGAGGUGCUAGCGAAUGCAGCCGUGGCAGAGAUCUGUAAACUCGUAGACGACGAUUAUGCAGUGUUUCGUUUGGAAAUAACUCGAAGCCAGAAAGAAAACAGGGGAUUGCGGAGGAAACUACUGGAAUCGAAGGUGGCACGGGAGCGCGCAGAGAGGACAAUGCGAGAGCGCGUCCUCACGAGUCAUCCCUGUAGCGCCAAGAGCCUCGUCCGAUGCAGAGGAAUGGAAAGAGGUGAAGGACAUCUCACUGGAGGCUACAGGAGCUUUGUGAAGCCAGCAGGACACAAUACAUGGAGAGAUGACCAACCAAUCACUAUUGAUGAGGGGAAUGGAACCUCAACCCAGCAAGUUAUUGUGAUAGAGUCUGCAGAUGCAGAGGCUGCAGGUCCUGGGGUCAAGCUGGAGAAGUAUGAAGGAGAGGAGGACCCACCACACAGCAGAGACAUCCAGACUGGAUUGGCUGAAGCGCCCCCUGUAGCUACGGAGGACCCCAUCAUCACCCCAGCGCAGCCUAGGACCCAACGCAGCAUGACGGAGGUCAAUGGAACGCCGAACGCCGUCCUCAAGUCAGAGACGGACACAGAGAGUUUAACAGUGCUGGAGCGACUGGACUGUUCUCCUGCUCCCCACUCAAAGUAUUUACUUCACGGUAACCUGAGCCCGAGGACGGUUCUGUCCCAUCAGGACUCGGGUGACGCGUUACAGACUGGCAAUGAUCCGUCCUGUUCAUAUGUUACAGAGAGAGAGAUGACACCUGGUGACAUGCCUGUGGGCUUAGAUACACAGACUAAUCCAAUGAGAGGGGACUGGAACCAGUACUGUAGUAGUGUAUACUCUGAAGAGCGCCUAGAUAAGAAAGGAGAGGGUCUGGUCAUAGAUGAGGUGACUGUGAAUGUGGAGGGUGAUGCUCCUCUGACAUGGAAUGCAGACAAGACUCACUUAGGAGGCCAACCGCAGGGCAACACUAGUGACUUCUUAAACUACAGGGAAAGCUUACAGACAAAUCCAAAUGUUGCAACCCACUACCCUUUACACACGCUCAGGGAUCGCGACCCAGUGUCCACGUCGAUGGCACCUUCCGAUUCACACGGACACGUCCUUUUCGAUCAGGUAUUGAACUCAAACGACAGGGCUAGAGCCCAGGUUCAGGGAGGGGGAGCUACAUCAGGUAAUAGUAAAGAGAAACGAUUCCUCUGCAGGUUCUGUAACAAAGGCUUCAGCUACCCCCAGAAGGUGGAGAUCCACCAGAGGAUCCACACAGGGGAAAAACCCUUCAGCUGUACCCAGUGUCACAUGCGCUUCGCUCAGGCUGGCACCCUGAAAAGACACCAGAGGGUCCACACAGGGGAGAAACCCUUCAGCUGUACCCAGUGUCAAAUGCGCUUCGCCCAGGCUUGCAACCUGAAGAUGCACCUGAGGAUCCACAUGGGAGAAAGGUCUUCUAACGUUUAGAUCAAACCCUGCAUUAAAGACAAAGGUGCAUUUUAUUUGUUGACAUAAAAUAUCCACAGAUACAUUUGGAAUAAUGAGAGUAACAGAUUUCAGUGUUGAAUAUUUUUACAUUUACAUUUUAGUCAUUUAGCAGACGCUCUUAUCCAGAGCGACUUACAGUAGAGUGCAUACAUUUAAUUACAUUUUACAUACUGAGACAAGGAUAUCCCUACCGGCCAAACCCUCCCUAACCCGGACGACGCUAUGCCAAUUGUGCGUCGCCCCACAGACCUCCCGGUUGCGGCCGGCUGCGACAGAGUCUGGGCGCGAACCCAGCCCAGCCUGGGCGCGAACCCAGAGACUCUGGUGGCGCAGCUAGCACUGCGAUGCAGUGCCCUAGACCACUGCGCCACCCGGGUGCAUUUGGAAUAACGAGAGUAACAGAUUUCAGUGUUGAAUAUUCCUGGGUAGAAUAUUGCAUCCAGACAUUGUGUGAUGUAUAAGGCAUAUUUAAAUCUAAAAUGUAUUUCACAUAUUGUGUUUGUACUGUGUAGGCUAUAUGAUGUUCACAAAUGUCUAUUUCAUUACUUCCACUCAACUACUUAAUUUUUUUCACAAGACACAUUUUUUAAUGAGAGAAAUAAUGCAGUUUAUCAAGUUCAUGCAGAUUUUUAGUUGAGGUGUGUGGUUUUCAUAUGGUGUAUUUAACACUUGUUCUUGUUUUAAUAAACACAUAAAUGGG